GCUUUGCCGAGUAAUUGUAUUAAUGCUAGCCGUGUCACCUUUGAUUAACACGAGGAACGAUGAGAGCAAAGGAAAGAUGGAGAGUUUCGGUAUUAUUAGCUUGGAAGAGUUCCCAGAUUUCGCCGACGGAAAUUUACUCGAAAGCAUUGAUUUUGACGAUCUUUUUGUUGGCCUCGAUGAAGGUGGUGUGCUACCGGAUUUGGAGAUGGACACUUCAGUAGGGAAAAUCAAUGAAGAUGCUAAUCAAAGGAAAGAUGAGGAAGAAGAUAAGGUUUCGGGUUCAGGUUCGAGCUCGAGUUCGAGUAAAGGGGAGGAGAUUUUGAGCAAGAGAGAGGAACCUAAUGCAGUUGAUAAAACAGCUUCCAAACAUGGUGUUAAGGGAAGAAAAUCUUCAGGACAAGGAAAAAAUAACAAACAAGAGAAGCGAAAACCCAAGAAGGUGGAUUGGACGCCGGAGCUUCAUCGGAGGUUCGUUCAAGCGGUGGAGCAGCUCGGGGUGGAGAAGGCGGUGCCUUCAAGGAUUUUGGAGCUUAUGGGCAUCGAUUGUCUCACUCGCCAUAACAUUGCCAGCCAUCUUCAAAAAUAUAGAUCUCAUCGGAAGCACUUGCUAGCUCGUGAGGCCGAGGCGGAGAGUUGGAGCCACAGGAGGCAAAUGUACGGUGGCGCCGCCCCGGCUGGUGGAGGCAAGAGGGAUAUAAAUCCAUGGGUUGCACCCACCAUGGGUUUCCCUCCUGUGUCACCACCCAUGCACCACCAUUUUAGGCCUUUGCAUGUAUGGGGUCAUCCCACCAUGGAUCAAUCCCUCGUGCAUUUAUGGCUUAAACAUCCAGGCCACACACCGCCGCCACCACCGUCGACUUGGGGACCUCCACCUGCAACAAAUCCCUCGUUUUGGCAUCACCACCACAAACUCGUAACCCCAGGAACACCUUGCUUUCCCCAGCCAAUGGCACCAACGAGAUUUGGUGCAGCACCGGUCCCGGACAUUCCCCCACACCACAAGGGCACUGGUGGACAAUCGGGACCCCACCCUCUCGUUGCCUGCCACCCGACGAAUGAGAGCAUAGAUGCGGCUAUCGGCGACGUUUUAUUGAAACCGUGGCUGCCGUUUCCUCUCGGACUGAAGCCGCCAUCCACCGAUAGCGUUCUGGGAGAGUUGCAACGUCAAGGAGUGCCCAACAUACCACCCUCCCGUGCAUGAUCACCUUAAUUCGACGACAUAACCUUGUGUUAGGUUCUUGUAGAAAUCUAAUUUCGUUUCGUUUUUUUUUAGUAAAACUUGGUUCUUCUUGUUC